GCUGACAAAUAGACCGAUUUAUUUAUUUAUUUAUUUGUUCAUGCUGAGAGCUGACAUUAGUUCACAGGCCAAACAACUGUUAUACUGUAUACCCACAUGAACAGAGCUGAACGUGCAGUAGUGUUUUGUUCAGUAUGAGUAAGGCAACACCAGGUGGCGCAAUUUGUCACCCUACAAGAAAACAUAGAAAUCAAGACAUAAAGCUAUAUACGAGUUAUUUUAGAUAAACUUUUGGCUUUCUUGAAGGAAUUAAUUCUGUCAUUUUGCUAGAAACGUUUUUUAUGUAGCAAAAAUAAUAGCAUUAGAAUUAUAAACAUAGCAACAGGAAAAAAAGGACUAGAAGAAUUGGAUGUGUUUUUUUUUUCUUUUCUUUACCGAAUCGGUGUUUUUGAACAAAUCUUUCAAGUGAACGAACCGAUUCAAAAGAUUCGAGUCAUUGGGAUGAAUCAAAAUGCGAACCACUACUGGCGUGGACAGGGGUGGGAUUUCAACUUUUAAACACGACAGGCUAACGCGCUCGCGCAAUUUGCUGCCUUUCAGUAUCUUUCUACUGUGUGUUAGUUCGAGUUUUUAUGUUACUACUCCAGGAGCAGUGUGAAGUUAUAUUUUAGUGUUUCACCACAAGGACAUGCGGUGCUUUAAUCCCGGCAGGGAUCGCUGAUUCAAGGACCUAAAGAUUGCUGUACGAUUUCAGAUGGUUAUGUAUUUGGCUUUUAUUUCUCACGUAAUUUUUUAUCUGUAAAAUACUCCGGGCCUAUCUAUGCCGUUUUGUGAUGGCUCGCUGUAUUCAUCUAAUGUGGAAUGGUAUCGCCAGAGUCUUUGUCCACUAGGAAGUGAGCAGGACCGCCCACUGUCACCAUCAGUCAUUGGAGCAGUGGACUCUUCUGUGUUGUAGCUUAUAUCCCAGCCAAAGGACGUGUAACGAGAGUGAGAUAUGAUGGAUGCUAUGGACUCUUUGCAAGGCUCAUCUCUGGAAACUAAAGCUGAACGUAUUGCCCGCUACAAGGCAGAGAGAAGGCGGGAGCUGGCUGAACGGUAUGCCAACUUGGAGGAAAGUUCGUCCCUUAAUACACAGAGGGAAAAACAUCGGGAAACCACAGACACAUUUGAGCAGAAGACAGAUGUUUCCUCUGUACCAAGUCAGUACAAUAAAGAUAGCAUUGCUCUGAGCAGGCAAAGCGACAGAAGCAAUUCUGAGGCAAAAACAGAUCCCACACCAUUCUCUAACAUAUUUGUUAGCCACAGUGAUGAGGACAACGAAGUAACAUGUUUACGCCAACAUCACAGUCUACUGGAAGCAGAAGAAGCCCAGAAUCCACAUGGUGUGCCAAGUGCCAAGUUUAGGAGCUACUCUAUCCACCUACUUCCUACACCCCAUGAUGCUUUGUGCAAAUUAUGGGAGUAUUAACAAAUUGCUAUCAGCAGACCAUGAAUAACCCCAAAAGCUCAAAUGAGUGAGUCUUUCAGGAUAAAUAUUUGCAGUGGCAGGGCCACGACUUUGGAAUACCCUGCCUUUAGAGAUUAGAAUGGCCCCUUCUCUGUCUGUUUUUAAGUCCCUGCUAAAAACCUAUUCGUUUUCCUUAGUGUAUUGAUUACUGUUAUACGGUAUUUUUUAAAGGGG